ACAAAAAAAAAAGCAAGCAUUUAUUAUAUUUGCUUUGAUUUUUAUACUGCUUUUGCAGCUAUGUUUCACAUUCAGGAGAGGUCUAAGGGACCACGUUUUACUCCUCACUCCUUCCGAAAAUGGCUUUGCCUUUUGGCCAUUAUGCUGAGUGGGUCAAGGUUUUCUUUCGCAAAUCCUAUCGCAAAUCCUAUUGCAGAUUCGAACCCGAUCCUAUCCAAUGACAACCAAGUACGGGAUCGAUAUUUAUAUACAGACAACAAUGAUAUGCACUGGUUUCUUCAGAUCACCAGCGAUGGAGAAGUGACUGGUACCGAAAUAAAGAAUAAGUAUGGUAUAUUUGAAAUAAAGGCGGUGAAAGCUGGCAUUGUAGUUAUAAAGGGAAUUGAAAGCAAUCGCUACCUAUGCAUGAAUUCUGCACACCACUUGUACGGGUCGGAGUCAUACGAUAAAAAUGAAUGCAGUUUCAAUGAAUUGAUCACAUCAGAAAAUUACAAUGAGUAUCUCUCAGAGAAACAUUCUGGAAAACUGUCCCUAGCUUCAUCAAAAGGAGAGAAUAUGAGUAAUUUUAUCCCUUUGGAGGCAUCUAUAGGUGUUAUGAUCGUUGACCAUCGUGAUAACAUGAUAAAUACUGAUUCUUCUGAUCCUUUUACCAUGGGCGGAGAUGUCUUUGCUUCCAAUCCCAACAAGUAGUGAAGAACUCUCCUUUGGCCUAGUAAAGAAAAUCCAGCUUUUGUAAAAUCAUGAACUUCUGUUGACGUAUCUCUCACUGGACUUUGGUCAGCGUUACUCUGGGUGUCGGUGGUUGGCGGAUGUAACUCCCUUCAUAGCCAAGUGAUCAGCAAGCAGGUGUCAAGUUGCCUUGCAUAAUCUGGAAAGCCCUCCAAAAUCUCCUAAAAGUCUUCAGGCAAUUCAUUGUUUUCAGAAUGACCUCCAAACGGGGAGGGGGGUGGUUUGAGUAAUUCAGCAGCCACCUUACACUGGAAAGAUUUUUGGGUUACAAGUGCUACCGAAAAGCCCCAAUGAAAUUCAGUUUGAGUAUUAUCAGCCUUGCUCCAUGUAGGGGAAUACGUUAUAAUCAUUCAAGUGUAACCAAGAAGCCCCAAUGAAAUCCAGUUGUUUUGGUCUGGGUAUUAUCAGCCUUGCUCCAUGUAGGGAAAUAAGUCAUAAUCGUUUAAGGGCUAUUAAGAAGCCAAUGAAAUUCAUUUGUUUUGGUUGGAGUAUUAUUAGCCUUGCUCUAUGUAGGGAAAUAAGUCAUCAUCAUUUAAGGGCUAUUAAGAAGCCAAUGAAAUUCAGUUGUUUUGGUUUAGAGUAUUAUCAGCCUUGCUCCAUGUAGGGAAAUAAGUCAUAAUCAUUGAUGGGCUAUCAAGAAGCCAAUGAAAUCCAUUUGUUUUGGUUUGAGUGUUAUCAGCCUUGCUUUAUGUAGGGGGUUAAGUCUUAAUCAUUCAAUUGCUACCAAACAGCCCCAAUGAAAUCCAGUUGUUUUGGUUUGAGUAUUAUCAGCUUUGCUCCAUGUAGGGAAAUAAGUCAUAAUUAUUCAAGUGCUACCAAGAAGCCCCAAUGAAAUCCAGUUGUUUUGGUCUGGGUAUUAUCAGUCUUGCUCCAUGUAGGGAAAUAAGUCAUAAUCAUUUAAGGGCUAUUAAGAAGCCAAUGAAAUCCAGUUGUUUUGGUUUGAGUAUUAUCAGCCUUGCUCCAUGUAGGGGAAUAAGUAAUAAUCAUUCCAUUUUUAAUUGCUAUUGUGAAGUUGCCACUCGUAAUAUUAAACUUAUCAUGGAACAUCAGCGCCUCCUGAUCAUUUGGGAGGUUGGCAAGGCCAUAUAUUAUUUAUAGGCACGAGGGAACAUGGACCAGAUGGCAUUUAAGAUGGGCACCUAUAUAAUAAAUAAAUAAUUUCACUGAAUUUCUAAAGCCUUCAGCCAGAUUCUUCAUACGAAAUCCAGUGGUGGAGUUUAGGGUGAGAGGGUUAUCGAUAAGGACUGUUUUUGGGUGUUCUGCCAGCUGAGACAGCCACCCAUAUCCCUUAACUCAUUCUGUCUCAGGAAGGGUCAAGAGAGGGUUUAUUGCUAGCGCUAAAAUCGUACUUUUUGCACUGGAAGAGCUGAAUUUCUAGUUAAUACCUGCAAAUUUGCCUCCUAGGUUUUUGCCCCGCCCCCUGUUAAAAUGCUACCUGGAGCAAGGUUUUCACCUGUCUGGAAUUCCAUCGGCACAUGAAUAUAUUCUAUGCACAUACACCAAUGGGAUCAUGGUGGGGCAGGUAAGCGAAGGAAUACCCAGGGCAGAGCUGGAUAUAAUUUCAACACUGAUGCUCCGCCCCAGUGAAAACCACAAUGCAGUGGUGGCAAAUAAUAUUUGGGAAUAAAUAUCUGCAGAGAUUUCUGAAGAUGUUGCCCUCAGCAAUUAGAUUUAAACAGCCGUCUAUCAAUUAGAAAACAAAAGCAAAGAUCUGAUUGGUUGCUAUGGGCAAUGUGUCCAGAAAUCUCUCCAGAUAUUUAUCUCCAAUGUUAGUAAACACGCCCCUUGGUCCAUGUGUUGGAGUACUAUACAGGUCACCUUGUCACUUCAAAAUAUAUUUUGCACUUCCAUGUUACAGCAGAUCAUUAGGUUGGGAAUCUACCCACACUUUGAC